GCAAGCAGUCUAGCGUACAAGCCAGAUCAGAGAGCUUCAUCACUUCGGCAGACUAAAUACAUUUGUUAUAACUUGUUUACCAGUUCAUCCGUGCCGUCUCUCCUCUCUUUCUUUUUCUCUCUCUCUCUCUCAUUCAUUCUAUCCAUCUUUUCCUGGAUUUCAGCUACAGGCCACGCUCGUGAUCUAGGGCGAGUCUUGGACCCCUCGGCGCCUCCAUCAUGACCGAACCUGCCGCAGAUCUCCCAUUCUUCUAUGGCAGCAUCAGUCGCUCAGAGGCCGAGGAGCACCUCAAGCUGGCUGGUAUGGGCGACGGCCUGUUUCUCCUGCGCCAGUGCCUGCGCAGUCUGGGUGGCUAUGUGCUGUCCAUGAUCUGGAACCUGGACUUCUACCAUUACUCCAUUGAGAAACAGCUCAACGGAACAUAUUGUAUCGCAGGAGGGAAGCCUCACUGUGGACCAGCGGAGCUCUGUGAAUACUACAGCAAAGACCCCGACGGCCUCGUGUGCACCUUGAGGAAGCCCUGUCUGAGAUCGCCUGAAACAGAAAUUCGCAAAGGUGUCUUCGAUAACCUGAGGGACAACAUGCUCAGGGAAUAUGUGCGGCAUACCUGGAAACUGGAGGGGGAUGCCAUGGAGCAAGCCAUCAUUAGCCAGGCUCCACAGCUAGAGAAACUGAUCGCCACCACAGCGCAUGAGAAAAUGCCCUGGUUCCAUGGCAAGAUCCCUCGGCAGGAGGGGGAAAGACGACUGUACUCUGGAUCUCAGCCGGACGGAAAGUUCCUAGUUCGAGAGAGAGAUGAAAUGGGCACCUUUGCACUAUCUGUGACGUAUGGAAAAACUGUGUACCAUUAUCAGAUCUUGCGUGACAAAUCAGGGAAAAUCGCGAUGCCAGAAGGAACUAAGUUUGACACUGUGUGGCAGCUGGUUGAAUACUUAAAGAUGAAGCCUGAUGGUCUUGUGACUGUAUUGAGAGAACCGUGUGUUAACCAAAACAACGCAGCCCCAGCUCCUGCAAACCCUCCGAGGAGGUCAAGAGGUAAUGGGUACACACCGCCCCCUAUGGUGCCUAAGCCAAUGGGAGCUGAGGGUUCACGUCCAUCUCUGCCAAUGGACCACGACGGAUUCACCAGUCCUUAUGACGAUCCAAAUGAGUUGAAGAAAAAGACCCUGUUCAUCAAGAGAGACAAACUGAUGAUCGACGAGGUGGAGCUCGGGUCCGGAAACUUCGGCUGCGUCAAGAAAGGUGUCUUCAAAAUGGAGAGCAAACAGAUCGAUGUGGCAAUCAAAGUGUUGAAGAAUGAGAACGAGAAAUCGGUAAGGGAUGAAAUGAUGCGAGAGGCUGAGAUUAUGCAUCAGCUGAGUGAUCCCUUCAUUGUGCGCAUGAUUGGACUCUGUGAGGCUGAAGCGCUCAUGCUGGUGAUGGAAAUGGCGCCUGCCGGCCCGCUCAACAAGUUCCUCUCUGGAAAGAAAGACCAGAUCACUACGGAAAACAUUGUGAUGUUAAUGCAUCAGGUGUCAAUGGGAAUGAAGUAUUUAGAAGGAAGGAACUUUGUGCACAGAGAUUUGGCUGCCCGUAAUGUGCUCCUGGUCAACCAGCAAUAUGCCAAAAUCAGCGACUUCGGCCUCUCCAAAGCACUGGGUGCAGAUGACAACUAUUACAAGGCCCGAACAGGAGGAAAAUGGCCUCUGAAGUGGUACGCGCCAGAGUGCAUUCAUUUUCACAAGUUUUCCAGCAAAAGUGACGUUUGGAGUUUUGGCAUCACGAUGUGGGAGGCCUUUUCCUUUGGAGGAAAGCCUUAUAAGAAAAUGAAAGGUCCAGAGGUAAUAACAUUUAUUGAAGGUGGUAAUCGUUUGGAUUGUCCUGUCGCAUGUCCUGAGGCCAUGUAUGAGCUGAUGAAAGAAUGCUGGAUCUACAAGCAUGAAGAACGGCUAAAUUUUGCAAAAGUGGAGGAGAAGAUGAGAACUUUUUAUUACUCCAUUGCAAAGAAGAUCCCAGAUUACAUGAAAACAGAGAAUGGAACGCCUCCAAAGUGAUAUGAGGGGCAAAUUGAAACAUUUCAAGAAAGGACAGAAUGACAACGGUUUUAAAAUAUUUGAUACUUAAAUAUCAUGUCUGUUGAACUAUUCUAUAAUUGUUAUCAAACUAGCUAACUGAUCAAUGCAGGGCACUUUUUUGUAUUAUUGGCCUGCUACUAUCAGUGUUCAUAAUACUAUUUGUGCUAGGUGCCUAUAUAAAUAUGCCAUAUUAUAGGUGGUAAUCAAAAGAGUUUCUCUCUCGCAAUAGUGUUUCAGUACAUAACAUCACAUGGAGAUUUUUACUCUUACAUCCAUUGACAUUUUUGAAGAGAAAAGAGAUAUUUACUCAAACUUCAGGGUCUGGUUCUCUGUUAAAUAUUAUGUGAUUAUACGUUUGCUGUAAUUUUGAAAUAUUGUUUUGUUCAAUUUUUGUAUUCAAACUAUUAAUUGUUUUUGUGACAAUUUUGAUGUUUUGAAA